AUGCUUCCUUUUGUGGUGUUUCUAACUGCGGUUGCCGCUCUUUAUCAACCUUCGACCUUCACUUGGGUGUCAAAGGAAUCGUAUCCUCCUGCACUCGGAGGAAUUAUGUUGUCUAUUGGAAUUAGACUCUCCAUUGAUGAUAUUGCUCUUGCAUUUAAAAGACCUGCACUGUUAUCUGUUGGCUUUGCUGCACAAUAUGUUUUGAAGCUGGCUCUUGGGGUGUUGGUAGCACAGGGAUUUGGGAUGUCUCCUAUGUUCUUCUCAUGUCUUAUGUUGCCGGGGCACAACUAUCAAGCUACGCCAGCUUCUUGA